UCCGACCCCCACCAUUCCGCUCAGAUUCGAUUCGCCUUCGCCAAUUUGUCGCGCGCACCCAUCUCCCCUCCGCUCCACCCGACCUCGCCAAGCAAGCAAACCAUGGAGCUCCGCGAGCUGGGCGGCACGGGCCUCCGCGUCAGCGCCGUCGGCUUCGGCGCCUCCCCGCUCGGACACGUCUUCGGCAACGUCCCCCGCGACGCCGCCCGCGCCGCCGUCCGCCGUGCGCUCGACCUCGGCGUCAACUUCUUCGACACCUCCCCGUACUACGGCGGCACAGCCUCGGAAUCGGUGCUGGGCGACUGCCUCCGCCACGCGGCCGUCCCACGGGACCGCGUCGUCGUCGCCACCAAGUGUGGCCGCUACAAGGAGGGGUUCGACUUCUCCGCUGCUCGCGUGACCCGCAGCAUCGACGAGAGCCUCGCCCGCCUCGGCCUCGACUACGUGGACAUCCUCCACUGCCACGACAUCGAGUUCACCAACCUCGACCAGAUCGUGAACGAGACGAUCCCGGCGCUCCAGAAGAUCAAGGAGAGAGGGAAGGCGCGGUUCAUUGGUAUCACCGGGCUGCCCCUAAGCAUCUACACGUACGUGCUCGACCGGGUGCCGCCAGGCUCAGUGGAUGUGAUUCUGUCCUACUGCCACUACGGGAUCAACGAUACAUCCCUGGUGGAUCUGCUCCCCUACUUGAGGAGCAAGGGUGUUGGGGUCAUCAGCGCCUCGCCGCUUGCGAUGGGUCUUCUCACGGAUAACGGGCCGCCAGAGUGGCACCCUGCCCCAGAAGAACUUAAGUUGGCAUGCAGGGCAGCAGCAGAUCAAUGUAGGAAGAAGGGGAAAAGCAUUACGAAGCUGGCUAUGCAGUACAGUUUGAUGAAUAAUGAGAUUUCAACAGUUCUUGUCGGGAUGAACUCUUCCAAACAGGUGGAGGAGAAUGUGGCUGCUGCAUUGGAAUUGUCAACUUCAGGCAUUGAUGAAGAACUUUUGCUUGACGUCGAAGCAAUUCUUGAGCCUGUGAAGAACUUGACUUGGCCUAGUGGUAUCCAGCAAGCCUGAUGUCCGAUAAGCGAUAGCAGCUUGGUCAAUUGAAGCUCUUGUGGUGAAUAAAUCUCUGCUAGUCGAUUGAAUCAAUUGUGUGCAUCUGCAUCCUAGUCUGCUGAUUGCAAUCCAGUAUAAUUAUUGAUGGCAAGCAAAUGAAUGGGAUUUGUUGAGAUUGUAUGGGCGGGUUCUCUAGUAAUUGAGACAUGUCUAACGGAGACAACAGGAACAAUAAAAGAUCAAUGCUGAUCACUGAAUAAACAUUUCCCAUACGUCAGGGCAGGAUUGAGGCUUUUAUGAAUUCAGUUGCUAAACAAGCAAAUUGCACACCAGUAAUUUUACGGUGCAAAACAAAACAUUGCUGAAUGCUGUGCCAUCCAUGAAUUUCUUCUUUCGUUCAUCUUUUGUCCUGAGUAUCAAUGUAAAUUUAUAUUGUCUCACUUUUUUUUUUUUUGAGAAACCGGGUUGUUUUUAAUAUAGAUAUGUAAAGGAUUAUAUUGUAGUCCUUACAACAACACCUCUAAGAAAGAGAAAUUACAUCGUGAUCCU